UCGACCGUUAGCCGUCUCUGUCAGACGCGCCCGGGAGCGCGGCGGCGGGUAACGUGUCUUUGCGAAAAAAAUGUUGAUUUUCGUACUGAGCUCGUGAUGUUUUGGCGGCGCGUCUCAAAACUUCAGAGGACUGUGCUCGUUGUGUUUUGUUACCUCUUUGUGUACCUGUUGAUCUUCUACUCGAUCAUACCAGACGCCGCUAUAACGUUUGUCGACGAAGAUUUUAGCGUCGGCGACAAAUACGUGUUCAUGUUUCUAUCAGUGCCGGAGACAAGAAUCCUUAAAGAAAGCGACAGUGUCGCAUUAUUCGAAAGAAGGAAAUGCGGUAAAUGUUUUAUCACGAACAACAGAGGAUUCAUGCCUAUAAGGGAGUAUGACGCGGUGCUGCAUUUGGUUAAUGCGUCGGUUGACGAACAUCCCGUUGGACAGGAGAAAAAAUAUGUGAUCCAGACAUCGAAGAAGUGCAUCAACAAUAAAUUUAGGAACUGUGUGACCGAGCCGGUCGUGUUGUCGUUUAUUUCGAAACAAUAUCACGACUUGUGUAGCCUGUGCCGAUAUUUGCAUUUAAAAAGGAAUAGUAGUGUGUGAAAUCUGGCACGCUUGACCAGUCAAUGAAAUAUUCAGUAAUGUAUUGAAGUGGGUAUUUAAAUUCCUUUCAAUAUUAUAUUCGCACGUUAGUAACGCGCGACUUUCAUGAUUAUCAGUAAAAUAUACGUUACAUAAAUUGGUUAGCAAUUUGUGCUCAAUGUUGACAGUAUAUUAUCAUGCUGUUGGACCACUUGCUCAUACGUCAGCAUUCUAUGUUACUUAAAUUUGUUAGCAAUUUGUGCUCAAUGUUGACAGAAUAUUAUUAUGCUGUUGGACCACUUGCUCAUACGUCAGCAUUCUAUGCGAAUCAAAUAUUACAUGCCUUAUUUAAUGUAGAAAUAUUUAUUAUAAUUAAUUACUUCUUCACGAAUAGUAAUGAAAAAAUGUGUGAUAAUUUGGUGCUUGUGAUACUCAUAGACAAUAAAAUGUAUGUGAUAUUACUUGAUAACCGUUGACAUCGGUUGGCAUUGUAAAUUCGAUAUACCUAAUCCUUUCUUAUCGAUUAAAAUUAAAUUUACGUUAAUUAAUUCGAGUAUGAUCUCUAUAUUCUUAUGGUAGGUAUACCCGAAGUGUUAAACAUUAAGUACCAGUAUCGUGAUAAUAAAUAAUUUGAUUAAUGUUUUAAUAUUAUCAUGUAUCGUAUGUAAACGAAUACCUUGACAUAAUGUUUCAUUACCGAAAAUCUAAAUACAAUUUUUACAUGCACGAUUAAUCAUCAUUUGUGUAGGUAUUAUUAUUUUUUUGAAUAACGAUAAACUAAAUUUAUAAUUGAUUUAAGACAUAAAAAUACUAAAUACAAAGUCGGUGUGCCCGUGACGGGUGACACAGUGAAAUUAUCGCAGUACGAUUGACGUGUUCAUGAAUAGUAGGUAUAUAAUAUUUUCUAAAGUUUAAGUUGCGUGUUACCGGAAAUUUAUCAUAUCGCCAAACCAAGUUUCGAUAAGUUUUUUUUUUUCCGCGAAUACGGUUUUGACAUGAUAUUUUAAUGAUGUGCCUAAAUCUUGUUAUAUCUAGGCAAUACAGCGCAUUUAUUUUUGAAAUUUUUAAAAUGAUAUAUUUAUUAAUCACGAAAGCACAAUAGUGUCUAGAAACGCUCCUUACACUUGUCGUAUUGUUUGCUGAGCUGAAUGACUUACAGUACAGUGUGCCUUAAGGCGAAUUUACAUUACGAAAUUAGUGGCGUGAAAUUAAUUUCGUGACAUUAGUUUUACCAACAGUUUCACGUGUAAUUUAAUACUUUCGUAAUGCAUGCAUUAAUUUCAUGCAUGCAAAUUAGUUUCGUGCCCUGCGCGAUUUUUUGGUGAAAUUAAUGUCAUGCAACUAAUUUCAUAGUGUAGACGCGACGUUAGGCUCGAACUAAUAUCAACUACUGCAAUUAAAGUGAUUCACCCGGUGAGGAAACAGGAGUGCGCAAACCCCUCUACCACAGUUAUAUGGCAUAUCCUUCUUCAAACGAGAGGAGGCUCAGAAUCGUUGAUGUCUUUGGGUGACAUAUCUUCUAGUGAACCGUACGCUCUGCCUCUUUAACAAGACCAGUUUACGAUUUUAUCUUAGGUUUGUUGUAAAACAUAUGAUUAAAAAGCAUAAACUGUUUUUUUUAUUUAAUUAAAAUCCCGCCAUAACAAUCAGCCAAAGAAACCUUUAAAUGAUUACUAGACAAGAUUUAACAAAGAGAACUCACUACGCUACGACGAUGCUGUAUGAUCUUUAAUUUAGAUCUCAUGAUGUUCAUAUUUGUUGAUUGUAAAGACAGAUAUAUCCAACAAUUAAUGAGUGGAUUGAAACUAUUAAAAUCACAAAUUUAAAAUGUAUAUAGAUUCUGUAGAUAUCAUAGAUUCUUAAGAGUUUUUCAUCACAAAACAUGUACAAUUGUAUUGUAUGUUUAGUCUCUCAAUCACCUAUAUUCAUAAGCGUAUGCAUAGCGUUGACCUGCAUUGUCUGAAAUUUAUGGAAUCACUGAUCAAUACCAUUGUAUUUCACGCUAAACAUAAUUAAGUUCAUGUACUAUUUGUAAAUCUUCACGAAUCAAACACGGUCAUUCUCUAAAGACUAUGCUGCCUUAGUGAUACAAUGCUUGUUGUAUUCAUAUUAAUUACUUGCAUACAAAUAUCGAUAUAUAAAAAUCACGAAGCAAUUCAUUGUUAUUUCGUAUUAUUGUAAAUAUAUUUUAUUAGCAAUUUUAAAUAAUAUUUUACGUAUAAUAUUCGCUCAUCAUAAGAAUACGAACAAAAAGACUUGUAUGAUGUUAAAAUAAAAGUUUACCUUCUUAGUGUUUGAUCAUUUGCUACCGGCGUAUCAAUGUAGAUCAUAAGGGUGGAGGAAGAACGUAGCUUAUUGUAAAUUAGCCGGUAUGGAUAGAUGUGGUAAGACCUCUACACUACCAUACUAUAUGCCGCUAAAUGCUAAAUAUCUCUUGAGCAAUAUGUAGAACCUAUAUUUUGGUCUCCCUAGACCACGCACAUCAGGGAACAUUUGUACAUACAUUAGAGAAUUUCAUGUGAAUUACUAUCUAUAAUAAUAUGUAAAGAGAUUCAAUUAUCUUCAGUUAAUCAAUCUGUUUGUGAGAUACCUUUGCAAGUGCACGAUUAAUAAAUAAAUGCAGUGGCCUUCCACAAGGAAACCAACAGGCUAUACAUAGUAUGUUUGAGAAAACUGUGACCUUCCACUGGCAUCCUUAAUUACGCAUCUUCCGUAUUGCGCAACAAAGGACGAGGCCCAGUGAAGCGAAGCAAAACUGAACAGCGAUAACGCAAUUGUGAAACCAGUCUACCAGUCUCCACCGGGGAGUGCGGUGGAGUUUCUAAUCGUGAUAAUCUAAAGAAGAAUCGUUGUGUGAAAAUGAAAUUUGCCGUAUUUAGAAGGUUGCUUUCAAAACUCCUUCUCCUUCUCACAUUAACAUCAGUAAAAGCUGAUCUUUUCACCAAAGCGACGAGGACAAAAGCCGAUGAAAGGGAUCUUAGACAAAGUGUUUUUGAUUUCAUAAUUGUCGGCGGAGGCACUGCUGGCUGCGUCUUGGCUAACAGGCUGUCAGCUGUCUCGGAUUGGAAGGUUCUUUUAGUAGAAACUGGUGAUGAUGAGAACAUAGAUUAUAAUAUCCCAGGAGUUCCGACCAAUGAGUACCGUCCGAUUCUGUGGAACUAUAGGACAGAGAGAAACGGCUACUCCUGUCUAUCCAGGCCUAGUGGAAGCUGCGAGGUCAAAACUGGAAAAGUACUCGGGGGCUCCAGUGUAACCAACGAUAUGAAGUAUACAAGAGGCUCUAAAGUGGACUAUGAUGGCUGGCACAAUACUGGAACGCUUGCCUCUUUGGAGUGGAAGUUCGAAAAUUUAAUUGAUGACUUUAAAUACAGCGAAGAUAACGGAGAUUACGACAUCUUAAUGAACUCAUUAUAUCACUCUCGCGGUGGAGAGAUGCACGUCAAAAAGUUCAAGUAUACAGAUCGAUACAUCGAAGUAUUUAAUGGAGCUUUCUCUGAAAUGGGCUUACGGACCUUGGAUAUAAAUACAAAUAUUCCAGAAGCUGUUGUUAAUAAUCAAUUCGCAAUGAUAAACAAUACUAGACUUAGUACUAAUAGUGCCUUUUUGAAGCCAGUAAGACACAGGAAGAAUCUAACAAUUCUGAAGGGAGCUACAGUUACCAAAAUUGUUAUCAAUAAACAAGAAAAUACAGUUGAUGGAAUUUUGUAUGAGAUAGAAAAGGGUAAAGAAAGACCCGCUUAUGUUAAAAGAGAAAUAAUUCUCACUACUGGAGCCAUCAACAAUGUGCGUUUGUUACACUUAUCUGGAAUAGGUCCAAAGAUAGAAUUGAAAAAGUAUAAUAUUACUACUAUCAAAGAUCUUCCUGUAGGAAUGAAUUACCAAGAUCAAGUCACCACUGGGGGUCUGGCUUUCGUGAUGAACGAUGUCGCACCGGUUACUGAGGAAAAAAUUACUAAUGAUUUCAAGACCUGGUUCCAGAGCCGUAGUGGUCCGUUAGCUUCUAGAGGAAUUAAUCAAGUAUCUGCAUUUUUACAAUUAUAUGAAAACAUUAAUGCUCCGGACGUUGAAUUGGCAUUAGAUGGAAACUAUAUUAGAAGCGAUAAGUAUUUACUAACCAAUCUUACCGUUCACAGCGCUGAAGAAUUUAAUCUACCGCUUCCUUAUUAUAAUUUAGUUAAUAUUCACCCAAUUUUACUGAGACCCAAAAGCAAAGGUCGAGUACUUUUAAACAAAAGAAACCCAAAGUAUGGUCGACCAGUCAUACAAGCAAACUUGCUAAAGGAAACAGAGGAUCUGGACACUUUGGUUGAUAGCAUAGACAUUGCUUUGCAACUCCUUGAUACCAAAGAAAUGAAGAAAGCAGAAGUGAAAUUUGCUCCUUUAGACUUAUUUCCGUGCGAUAGACUAAGCAACAGAGAUCAAUGGAACUGCAUAGCCAGACAUUAUACUAGAGCCAUGAGUAGGCCUAUUGGGACUUGUAGAAUGGGAGAUAAUAGCACGGAGUCCGUAGUAGACUUCCAGCUUAGGGUACACGGCAUCGAAGGUUUGCGCAUAAUUGAUGCUUCUGUUAUGCCUUCACACGUCCGUGGAGGCAUAUUUGCACCGACAUUGAUGAUAGCAGAGAAAGGUGCAAAAAUGAUUUUAAAAGAUUGGAAAGAAAAUAAAGGUCACUUUUACAAUAGGUGAUUUAAGGAAAAUAAAACAUACAUAAAUUUAA